UUCCCUCCUUGAAUGAAACAAGCAUCUUUGUGUUUCACUUUCUUUUUUGCAUCUAAUACUGUGAAAUAGAACAUAAGAUAAUAACUGGAGUUUCUGAAAAUGAAUGGAAGGAAGCUGUACUAGGGUGUUUCUUCUGGCUAGGGCUUCUACAUUUCUAAAUGAAUAUAUCAUUGGCAGGCAGGUGUUCAGCCAUCUCCAGGAAAGCAGGGCUCCGUCAUACGUGUAAUGGUUACUUGGGAAGACAAAUGCCGUCACUCUGAAUGGCCUCCUCUUGCUUCUUCCCUCAGCUUUAUAUGCUGAGCAUGAUGUCAUAUGGUGUGGAAUAUCCCUGUGGUCAGUUGAGGUCAGCUGUCUCAGCUGUGUCCCCUCCCAACUGCUUGUGCAGCCCCAGCCUGCUGGCUGGUGGGCAGGGUGAGAAGCAGAAAAGAUGUUGACAUUAUGUCAGCAAUAACUAAAACAAUGGUGUGUUAUCAACCCUAUUUUCAGCACAAAUUCAAAACAUAGCCGCAAACAAGCUACUAUGAAAAAAAAUUAACUCUAUCCCAGCCAAAAUCAGUAUACCACCUUUAAAAGAAUCAUUUUCAUUUGAGAGUUUGGCACAGAAUAAAGCUUGUUUUGUUUCUGGUUGUCUUGUUGGAUUUGAUGUUGCCAUUAGUACCAAUUCCCAAGUCUUUUCUGAUUGGGGGAGGGAAGGAUUUUUUGGUAACAAUUCAUCUUAAACAGUUUUGUAAUACUACUGCAUUUUAUUGGAAAUAUUUUAGAUCAUCCAACUCUCUUUACACUUGAAAUGUGGGGGGUCCCCAGCCAGAUGUUUCUUCUGGAAAGUGGUGAACAACAGAAUGGUUAAGAUACGUGUACAGAGCUGGAUUUGAGGGUUAAUCAGGGAACAACUAUCUGGAGUUGUACCUCUGCAUCUCAUUAAACACUUGGAUAAAGACAUUCUUCUAUGUAGAAGUGGAAUGUAAGGCAGACUAGGGUAUCAAUCAUACUAAACGUCUCUCCAUUUUUCUCCCUUAGUAAUAGGUGUGUAAAUGUUAGUAUCACUAGCUCAGCAAAGUCAUCAGCUUUUGUCCUAUUUCUCCUCACCUUCUUUUCUUCUCCCUGUGCUCACCUUUGUUGUAUUAGGCUCAUUCAGGAAUUUGCUUGUGAGCAUGUUUCCUUUUUCCUAAUAUCCAGAAGUAAUAUUGGAGCUUAGAAGAGGCUGAGUAUAAGAAAUUAAUACAGCUGUAAACAAUGAAUCAGCAUUUUGACUUCUGACUAUGUGUAUCCUCUACCAUGGCAUGUGAGCAUAUUCUAAAUAGUAAUAAAGUCACUCUCCACACCUAGGAAGUUAAGUACCUCCAUUCAUGGACAAGAAUCUGAGACACAGGAUAACCUUAGGCACCUCACUAAGUCACAGGAUGUUUUUUCAGCUGGGAAUCUAAUCAGGAUAAUAUCAGCCUGUCUCUCUAACGGUAAAGUCAUGUUGUUCCUUUGUUUACUAAUCUUGCUUGUUGACAUGUUUGUGUUUCUACUUCUUGAUUUUCAAUUUCUUUCUUGUGUUUUAAUGUAAGACUUGCGUCCAGUAGAUUCUUGUGACAUGCUACAUCAUUACAGAAUAGAGCUUAUGUAUAUCAAGUAUUAUUUUAAUCCUUUAUUCAAUUAUAUCUGGAAUUAAUUUCUUAGCUAUUUAAUGUUGUAUCUGUGCUCGUCACAAUAAAAUAGAGGUAGCUCAAUUAGAGUAUUAGAUUAAUACAAAAAGUAUUAAUCAUACCUUAAUGAAUGAAUUUGUUUUCAACAGGUUUUUCCUGAAUAACACCACACUGAAGCUAGAAAAAUUCAAAAUCAAAUAAAUUGUUGUAUUAUUGUCGAACACAAGAGGGUGCCAUAGACUUACAUUCAGGUUGAUUGUUAAAUGUUUCAUACCUAAAAUUGGAUCUUGAAUUCAUCAUAACUCAAAGAUGCUGGAAAAGCAUACGACAGAGGGCAUGAUGCGAACAAAUUCUUUUUCUACAGUGCUUUACAUUAUGAAUGCUUUCCUCCAUAAACACAGCAGUGUGCUGGCUGCUAAAAAAGAAGCAUUCAUCCUUUUUUUUGUGUUUUGUAAUCAUUUUGUGCUAUGGAGUGCUCAGAAGUAAUAUCCAUGAAAAUUAUUUAAAGGUUUUUAAAUUAAGAAACUCUAGCAAAGGAAAUAGAGACAGGUAGAGAAGGCCUCAGAACAUCAACCAGGAGCAACCACCUCCAGGCUCAAUAGUUUUUAUUUCUCUCAGUACUUAUUAACUAUAAGAAUCCAAAGCAAAGGUGUUCAUUAGCAUGACAAUGCUUUGGCUUAGGCUUAUGGUCAGCUGAACUAAAGCACCUGAUUCUGAUUUGUACUUUCCAACAGCUAAUUAAUCCUGUUGGACUUGGAUUGUUUGAGUACUCCUCAGUCUCGCUCCAGUGGUUUGGGCUGCCUUGACUGCAUGCAGGUGUUUGGGUGGUGAAACAGGGCUGGGAACAGCUUGCUUCAAAGCUUCUCCUGUUUGCCUGGGUGCUGUGCUGGAGCUCAGGUCCUUGCUACUUGCCUAGUCCCACUGACUUUACCUCAAACCUGCCUCAGCUGUGGUUGGCCUUGGUUGCUGUCACCCAGCCUGCUCGUCUUGCCCAGGUACUGUGGGACUGUGCGUUUUGGUGGUGAGGCUGCUCCCCUGCUCUGGAGGAGCAGCUGGCCCUUGGUGCUGCCUGACAAUUAUAUAUUCCCUACUGGGAAGCUCAGUCUGUGAGCUUCUCGUGCAAAACUCUUGGAGUGACUCCCAGGGCUUUUUGACUUAAGAAUUUUUUUUUUGUCUAGAGGCUUUCUCAGAGUUUUUGUGUUGAAUGUUAUAGUGUAAGAAAAUCAGGGUGUAAGGCUCGUUCAUUCUGGCUAUAGGAGUUAAUGUUUUUCAUAGCCCAGUUUUCUAUGGAAAUGAUGUGUGUAACCAUGUUGUCUGGACACUUGCUUUUGUCAGAUUUUUUUUUACUUAGUUUGAUUUGGAUUUGAAAUAGGUAGUGUGACCUUGAAGCCACAAACCUCCUAUAUAUGUCAUGACAAUUGGGAACUUGAGAGGAAACAAAACCCAGUUCAUGUAUAUUAAAGGUAUAAAAGUUGUGCUUUUUAAUUUUUAAAAAGUUCAGCUUCAUUAAUUGUGCUGGUUGCAGAGCUGCCUGGAGUCUUCUGGUUGACUGAAACCAGAUAUGCAGUUUGUAUCUGAAGUGAUGACAUUUCAUAUUAUUUAGUGGAUGUUUUCUGUUUAAUCAAAAAAUGUGAUAGCUGUAGUGAUUGUUCUGAAUAAUUUUUUUCUCUAGUUCUUCAUAUCCUAGACAGAAAAGCCUUAACAAUUCCCCAUUACUCUUUGCUUCUGAUUCCUGCAGCUGUUGGCUUACUCUUGCAUAUAAUUUCUUCAGUUUAAACAAAAGACAUGGCACACUUAUGGUGGAAGGUCCAACAACUGCUGCAGGUCUUGUUGAGAGAGGUGAGUCUCUCCCUCAACCUCAAUAAUGUCACUGUACCCAUACAGGUCUAAAGCUACUUUAUGUUAUUUUUGCUACUGCCACUCACUCAGGUUGUAAUGUUACUCAUUCUGCACCCUUUUUUCUCCUUAUCUAUAAAAAUGUGAAUAGAUACCAGUUUGCAUGAUUCAUGUAAAAUAUUUGUAAAUCAUCUCAGUACCUUUAGAUGAGAGGAAUGGUUUUUUUAAAAAACAAGAUGACUUCUCGUUGCUGCAAACACAGAGUAACUUGACAAAACCAUGCAGAGAGAGAGAGUGUGUGUGUGUGCGCAAACAUGGAGAAAGACAGACUUUCAAGAAAUACUAGGUAGUAUGUAUGUAAUUGCAUAUGUAAGCAUGUGUAUUUAUGGAAAAACAUUGAAGAUACUUUGUAUUUCUAUAAUGUUUUAUGCUAAUGGCACCUAUUAAACACCACCUAGUAUCAAAAAGGAACUGUUUCUAGAUUGAAAUUAAGCAAUUGUUUAGGGAUAAGAAAUACAGAAAUAAUUGCACAAAACCUGCAGUAUAUGAUUAUAAGAACCUCACAUAGUUCUUUCCUGUUGUCAUUUAGCCAAAAACACUUGCCUAAUCAAGCAUAAAUUGGAUUUUUUAUUUGUUUUAAAUGAUUAAAUGAAUUUCAGUUCAUUUAAUUAAGUUUUCUCCCAGAUGAGCAUUUGAAAAAUGCAGAAGAGGUAUGUGUUAGGGGUGAAGAGGGGAAGAAAAUAAAGGAAAUUAAGAUACUUGUCACAGGUGUUAAAAUCUGGCUUCACAAUACUUUUACAGUCAUGAAAGACAUAAUGUUACGGAUCAAUUAUAGUCUGUACAGCCAUGUAAGAAAAUACUGAAGGUGCUUUGUAAUUAAAAAUGGCAUUUCCAGAAUGUGUGUUUAGUGGUAAAGUUCCAGAAUUCUUCUACAUAUGCUGUAAUGUAAUCAGGGAAAUUCACCUGCAAUUAACAGGUGAAAAUGUUAAUGAAGUGAGAGAGUAGCUUGGCUAGGCUAAAGGAAAAACAGCAUUGUGCUUCCUCCUUAAGAUACAACAUAAGCAGUGGUCACUCCAGUGCAUUAAAAGAAAAAAAAUCGACAGCAGAUCAUAAAGGCUUCACUGGGGAGGAAAAAAUUUUACAUUACACAUUCAGUAGUCUCAAAACUGAGUAUUCAGAGAGUGCAUUUUAAGUUUCUACUAACAUCUCCUUUAUAGGUUUCCAAAACCCAUGUUGCACUGAACAUUUUAUGAUCAUAGUGGGAACAGGGAACUGCUAGUCACAAAACCCCAAAAUAAUAAAUAGGAAUUCUUUCUUAGAGCACAUCAGGGCCUAUUUAUCAUCUCCCAUAGGAGAAACACACUCAUGGCCAUGUUUGUCUUUAUGGUACUGCACAGGUAUCUGGUUUUCGGUUUUGUUUGGUUUUUUUCUCCUCUCGUUGGAUGUGGCAGGGUUUCUAUUUGCACAAUGCAGCUGCAAGAAGUAGUGACAAUCAAGUGGUUUUUCCUUGGACAAGCAGUAUUUUCACACACAGAGGGGAGCAGUUGUAGCAAGACCAACUUCUCUUGUCUCCCUGUUGGGAGCUGCAAGGCAAGACCUGUAGUUAGACACUGUCUUCCUUCCAGCUCUCUGUUUGCAAUGCUGGUAAAAGGGCAGGGCAGGGACUAAUCCUCUUGGAAUGCAGCAAUUGUCACUAAAUAAGUAUUAAUUGCUGCAUUCCAAGGGGAUUAGCAUAGUUGAACCCAAUUAUAGCAAAGCAAAGCUUCACUGUAAGGCACUGCAGUGCAUUGAAAUGCAGUGAAGCAAUGUGGGACUGUCAGUCCACAACGUUUUGUCAAUAAAAAUUGUGGGCUUACACAUAGUAAACAGCAGACUUUUCUUUUUCAGUGUAUUAAAUCUACUGUGUGAAUGGCAUGCCUUGCUGGGGGCGACAGCUUGCUCACCAGAGAAAAUUGUUGCUUAUUUAACACCCAUUAUCUUUGUGUGAACAUCUCCAAAAACGAUUUUGCUACUUGUUGAGCUAGUUCUGGCACUACCACUGUCACUCUCCGCUGGAUUGGGGCAUGGCACUGCCGUCUGUCUGCAUUCUCCCAUCUCUAAAGCUGGCCAGCUCCUCUGUCAAGUGAUGUAGGUAUUAAUUUUGCCUGCAAGUACUAACUGUAUCAAAUAGGCUUAGGAGAACUUUUGAUAACUGACCUGUUCUCAGUCCCAGCAGUCUGCAGUGAUGAUUACAGGCAAGUUCUCUGUGGUAGCAAUACAUGAGCCAGAGGGCAGUGUGUAGUUAUUUUUUUUUUAAUCCUCAGCUUGACUGUGGUGUGGGUUUGUUUUUUAGUUUUCAUUUAUUUCCUCUUAAAACUGCAAGCCCUGCUGCUUUUUUUUUUUUUUAUAGUACAGUCAAAGCAUAACCAGUAAGCAUGAAAAGGGGAUGCUUCUGGGGAUGAAUCAGCCCCUUGCUUUAAGCUGUUCCAGGAUCUCUUGUGUCCAGAGAAAGAAUGGCAUAUUGAUCCACAGAACCAACUGAAUGCAUACCUUGGCUAUUUUACAUAAGGUGUUAUCCUUACAGAUAAUGAGCUGCACCUUAACUAGCGUUAAAUAAAACUGAGUUGUACUUGAGGACCACUUCAAUUCCCUGACCCAUUCUGUGUCAGGAACUAUAGAUCAAAUCUUGCAGUCUUCCCAGUGCAGGUAAUUCUUUAAAUGCACUUUCCUCCACCCGUAUGUUUAGGUAGAGUCAAGUUUAGCUGAGAGCUUUUCUUAGCCCAGCAGGGAGGGUUUUAUGUCUCCACUGUGGUCUUGUCUGUAUUGAGAAAAAUAGCUGCUGGUUCAGCUGAACUAAUGUUGCCAUUCAUUUCUAGUCCAGUGUUAACAAAGUUCUUAUAAUCUGACUGAAGUGAAUAAACUGAAACCUCAGUAUGAUUUAAACUGUUGGUAAAAAUGUAUGUAUGAGAUUGCCUAAUGCACAGCAUGAGCAGGAGAUGCUCAAGUUUCUCCUGUGCUAUGUAGUUCCUAGAGAUGCAAAGACCAAAUAGGCUGAAAAGAAGGUGCCAUUCUAAGAAAAUCAUUCCUCAUCAUGUAAUUGCAAGCUGUAUGAACACAGAAAAGCUUUUUCCUAGAGAAGAGACCACUUCCCCUUUAUCUUUUUCUGUACUCCUCGACUGCAUGUGAUUUGCAUCUCCCAUGCCGUGCUUGUUGUGAGAAUAACUCAUAAUACAAGCAUGAUUUCUCUUUUGUAUAUUUUCAUUGUAUGUAGAUUAUAAUGAUAAGCUUGCCUUAUUUCAAAAGCUGAGGGAUGGGGAGGAGAGAAUUUCUAGGGGCACUGUCAUGCAAAGCCUUUUUCUGACUCUACCCACACUUCUAAAUGAAGUCCAUAUACUCUCUUUCUCUGACCUUUCCCUAUCUAGACAUCAAAAUGCACUGGCCCAACUGCUGUUCUCCAGUGUGCCUACUGUUGCCAUUAACCUCCCUUUCUUAUACAGCUCUUCAUUCCUUUUCCUUACCUUUGGCCUCAACUCCUUAUUCAAAGUGAUAAUUUGCUGGCUUUCUGCCGGAGGGAGAAGCUAUGAUCAAUAACAGGAGGAGACAAGGGUCAGCAGAAUAGUGAUGAGCAGUGUCAUUUGCUCCUCUGAAAAUACUGUUACCCAAAAAUAUCAAUAACUAGUACGGUAUUAUUCUAGCUUUUGGAUAAAGCAUGAGAUUUAGGCAGCCUGCAGUGGGAGCAGGGGUCUUUUUCCUCUCGCUAAUUCCUUAUUUCAGCCAAUCUUCCGUUACAUGGCAAAACGGAUAGAAAGGACUUUAUCCGGCUCGCGUUGGAAUAUAGACUGUGUACCUGAGCACGGCCAUUUCUGGAACUAAUGACACCUCUCUCAGCUUCAAUGCAUGGUGGGUAGUGCUUUGCCCUCUGCCUGGUGGUGAGUCAGAGUCCAUCUUCAGCCUUCCCUCGCAGCUUUUGGGGUAGAAGGGCCACAAAGGAAACCCUCCCCGAGGCUGGGGAGAGCAGAGGCUCAGCAGUACUGUCUAGGUAUCACAGAAUGGCAUGCAGCACUAGGUUUUUGGGACUAGUAAUACUAAUGAUUUUGGUACUGGCUGGUACAAUAUAUAAUAAUUAUUAAAUAAAAGCAUAAUACUGUUAUGUCAGUGUAUUAGCCUUCAUUACUCCAGACAGCAAGGUGACGAACUUAUUGGUCUCCUUCUUCCAAGAACUUCAAUUUACUUUGCUUUCAAAAGACUAUAAAUCCUUACUUCUUAUAUGCACAAUAACUCUCACCCUGCCAGUUGUCUUCAUACUAUUGGGAAAUAGUAUCACCAAUCCUGUUCCUGUACCUGCUGGGGAUGUGUGUUCCUCUUUCUCUUUCUUUUCUAAGAAUUAGAAACGAAAAAAAAGGUAAUUAUUCAUUAAGAUACUUGUGCUUCCUCCCAACCUAAGCUCUGAUCCUGAAAUGUAUUAACAGUAUUACUGUUGUAAACACUCAGCAAACUUCUGUUGAGCCAGUUGUAUUUUGAUGGGGGGGAGGCUGAGUUUUAGGCUUUAAGGUGCAUCUAAGUCAUGUUCUCAAGCUUUUCUCAUUUACAGUUGUCUAAAAUGUAGUUUCUAUUUCUGUUAAUAAAAGUGAAAAAUUUUAUCUGUUCACAUUUGAAAAGAGCACAAUAAUGUGAGAUUUCUUCCAAAGUAAGAGCUGGCAUCACUGUGCCAAGUGGUAUGAUUUUCAUAUAAAUGCCCUAACACUUUGUUGGAGAAAUUACUUCUGUCUAAUAUCUCCUCAGGAAGAUUUUUCUGAAACUCCAGAUUUCAUCUUUCUUAAUGUCAUCUCAUUAUGCUGGGUUUUUUCUGCCUUCUAUUGCUCUAAAUGAAUCCUUGUAUUAGCUGUUGCUGCUGCUUAAUAAUAAUGCAGUAAGAAAUGUUGAGGAGGAGGUACCCCUAACUACACCUUGGCUCUGCCCUUGCCUUUUUUCCUAAUGCAUUUAAAAACUCUAUGGUGGUUGGUUUGGGGGUUUUUUUGUUUGGUUGCUUUUUGGUUUGGUUUUGUGUUUUUGUUGUUUGGGGUUUUUUGUGUGUUGGUUUUCUUUAUGACAAAAAAAACCCCAAACAACUCCCAGGUGUCCCUGAUUCCUGGUUAUCUUUGAGUUCUAGUGCCUUGUUUUCCCUGCCUGCCUUAAGACUUAAUUUCUUUAUCCCUAAAAGCUUAACUGUCCUGGCUUCAGUAAGGCUAAUUUGAAAAGCACGAUGAGGUCCUCAGGUAAAAACAUAAUGAAAUUAUUUAAUAUUUUUAACACAAAUCAUAGAAUCAUGGAAUGGUUUGGGUUGGAAGGGACCUUAAAGAUCACCUAGUUCCAACCCCCCUGCUGCAGGCAGGGACACCCUCCACUAGACCAUGUUGCCCAAAGCCUCAUCCAAAUCAGCUUGUGUUUAUCCAACUCAUGGUGCUAAGAGUUCUCCAGAUUGGCAUUUGCUGGGUUACUGCUAAAGCGUGCUUUUUCUGUUGCCUGUGUGGUUAUUCACCCCUGCCUACAGCGUGCUGCUUUAAUACCGCCUGAUUUGAUCACUAGCUUGGCUUCGCAAGGAAACAAGCGUUGUGAUUCUCCUGGCUCAGCCUGACGCUUGCCACCACCCCAACCACUUUUGACCUGGGGGGUCAACAUCAAUCCAGCUAAACAAAGGAGACUCACACGUAACCUGUUCUACUCGUGGUACUGCAGCAAUAUUAUUAGUCCCCUCGGAGCAGCAGAAAAACCGGGGCAUUUUCACUUUCACGCCAUGCUGCUGGGUUAGUCAGUCAGUGCGUACGUGUGCUACUUGGGGCUGUGUGCCCAGCCGCCUGGCCCCACAGAGGCAGGCAUGGGAGAGCCCGGCGGCAGCGGGGGCUUAGGGCAGCGUGGGAGGCACUGCAGUCAGUGUGGGAAACUGGACUUCGCCAGUGCGGCCGCUGGGCAGACCCACUCAGCUCUGUGCCCCUGAGAACCAUGUUAGUGGAGCAGCCCACAGCAUGGGGCUGAAAAGCCCUUUUAGCUCCCAGGCUGCAGCCGCCUUCAAACCAUUCAUCUCGCUCCUGGGGCACCAGGUCUGCCUCAAGAUCUGUCACUAGAGGACAGCUUCAAGCAGCAAGAAGGUUGAAUCUUGUGGCCUACUCAGUAGGUAGGAGUGGCAUGUGUAGCUAGGGGCUGUCAAGCUUUCUGUUUCAAGACAAGCAAGGAGGAGGUGCACGCUGUGCUCUCCCGCAGAGAUGACACAGGCUCUCCUCCCUGUGGGCUGUGGUGGCUCAGAGGACAAAAUGGCUCCAGAGCUCUGCACGCACUGACGCUCUUUCAAAAUACAAAGAUGCGGUGUGUUCCCAUCAAAAGGUAUCUCCAUUUCAUAGAUGGGUACAACAGGCAGCACCAGUUGUGCUGGUGUUUUAUGUCCUGUGGAGGCUAUCUGCAAGGACGGGCAGAGCCCGGCUCUCCCUGACACUGGCAACCCAUAGCCCUGAGAGUGCAGCUGCUUUCAGUUGCUCAUGGUAAGGCUGUGUUUCAACUGGAUUUAGAAAUGAACUUUAUAUCUUUACCAGUUUAGCCUGCUACUUGUUCAGGAGUGACUGUAACUUACAAUUUUAAACUUCUGUUUGUGCCAUACUGCACACUGGACAUAGUUAUAUAGUAUCCUUUUUGAAGUCAGGUUGAAUAUACCACAUAACCUUUCUAGGCCCCUUGUAGAGAUCAGCAGCUGCUGACUGGGAUAUCCUAGGAACCAUUAGACAAACUGGAAGAAAAAAAAACCCACCCAAAACCAUCUUGCAAAGAGAAGAGAGAGACAGAAAGAAAAAAAAAAACCACCCAAACACAAAAGGAAACCCCAAGCAUCAAUACCAAGAACGUAAACCCAGACCUCAGAGGCAGAGGAAUGCGCGUGCUUCAGUGGCGCUGCCGGCAGGUGGACUCCGAAAGCUCUCAUAGGAGGUGAGCUUCCUGCGGGGCUGGCAGACAAGCAAAGCCCGUGGAGGCACCUCUUCUUCUCCUCGUCCCGUGGCCUCCCGCUCCCCAGCACCAUCUGGGCCAGCAAGAUGAAGUGGAGGAGGAUCGCGAUCUUUGCCAUCCUGCAGGCACGGCUCCCCGUCACAGAUGCUGUACCAGUUCUUGGACUGACAGACCCAAGACUCUGCUACUUACUGGAUGGGUUCCUCUUCAUUUAUGCAGUCGUCGUAACAGCCCUUUUUGUGAAAGCGAAGCUUAGCCAGGCCUCUGAACCACAGCUGCAACCAGGACAAGAUGAUGUGUAUAAUAAACUGUCUCGUGGACCCAGAGAUGAGUAUGAUGUUCUGGGGGCAAAGCGAGGUGCAGACCCUGAGAUGGGCGGGAGACACCAGCAGAGAAGAAAGAACCCACAGGACACCGUGUAUACUUCACUGCAGAAGGACAAGAUGGGCGAUGCAUACAGUGAAAUUGGAAUGAAGGGAGAGCAGCAGAGGCGCCGAGGCAAAGGGAACGAUGGUGUCUACCAGGGACUCAGUACAGCGACCAAGGACACUUACGAUGCUCUCCAAAUGCAGCCCCUGCCCCCCCGCUAAGUGGGAGUCACAGUGGGGAUGGGCAUGGUGAGAGAUGCCCACCUGCUUUGGGGAGGGGAGGAGGGAAAGCCUGGUUCACCCAAACCAAGCACUGCCUGUUUUCUCUGUGCUACAACCUGCUUUGGUUGGUGCACAGAGGGAAUAUGUCUGGACUUGGUCAGUCCCUUCUCCCUUCCCUCAUGAAUUGUGUAACUGCAAGCUUUAGCUGUUAAAAUGUACAUACCUGUACAGUUCUUUCCAAUAAUAGUGGUUAUUACGCUGAUCUUUGUAAGAUUUGUGUUGUGGGACCAGGCCACACCUACUAACACAGCUGUUUCUGUAGCUCUUACUUGCCUCCCAGGGGGUAUCAAGACAUUUAAUUAUGGUUUCAUUGCAUUAGGGCUGUAGUUAUCUCCAGUGGUAUUUAUCUUUAGACUAUUUGACACAGGCCAGCUAAACUUUUUGCUUUACUUAAAAACUGCUUCAGUGGGGGAAUGACUUUUUAAUUGUAAAAAGUGAUGUGAUAUUACUGUAGUGAAGGACAGAGACUAAGUGCUAGCGUUUCAGUAUGAAGGAAAUGAGCACUAAGCUCCAGCAAAAGAUGGAGCAAUGGCAUUGCCGCUCAUCCAGCACCUGGAGCUAAGUAAGAGCCAGGUAACCUGCCUAAGAGACUUCUCAGAAGGUGGAAGAUACCCAUUACAAUGAAAACGAGGAGAUUGACCUCUGAUACAAAGAGACUAAUACUGGAAACACCAGGAAAACUCACCCCGGAGAAUCCCAUUUGGCUGAAGUGUUUGGCCAAAACUUCUGCCCCUUAAGUUAGCAAUGUCAACUGUCGCUGCCGAACAGGCUCCCCUUGUAAGAGUCAGUGUGGGAAUUCCAGUGUCAGAAACAGACCUAAACUGUCACUUCUGGGCAACAGAAACUGUACAAAAGCCAAUGUAAAUGCAGUUUCCAACCCAGUCUGUCAUCAGAUUACCUUUAAAAGAUGAUGCAGGUAUCAUUACGAAGAAAUAUUAAUUCAUUAAAUGUAAUGCAUUUUUGAUGAAUUAAUAAAGUUAGCAUCCAAGACCUCUGUGUGCAUCUGCGCGGUGAACAGCUGUGUGAAUGGUACAAGCUCAUUUGCUGACGCAGUCAGGCAGGCUGGACCGAUUCACUCCCAGCAGUGUAAUCUCCCAGGCAAGCCGGGGAGGAUGGUAUUCCGACAGGAGCUGCUAAGCACAGCCUGGGAGGUGACAUGGGAUAUUGGGAAAAUGCUGUAAGACCAGCUAUCAACAGGACACUCAUCUCCCCCUGCAUCUGCAGUUGUACCAGUGACUUCCAAGCCUGAGCAACGAAGCCUGUAAGCAGCUCAGCAAGGACAAGAACAGCGCAGGAAAAUAAAGGGUAUUUUAACUUGGGUCAGGAGCCAACCCAUUCAUUCCGCCAGCCCUGAUGGAGCAGAGCUAAAGCAAGACCCGGGGAACAAGAGCUGCAGCUGUGGGCACUGCCCAGAGGGGCUGGCAUGGCCAUUUCUUAAGGCACAGGGUUAGCAGCAGAGAAGCUUGCUGCUAUGUAAAUUACAAGGCUGUGCCUAACUUAAGCAGUAAAACUGCAGCUGCAGUAGGAGCUUGUAGCUUUUGAAGAAUAAUUCAAAGACACUAAAUUAGUGCAAAAACCCCCGAACUGAGACAUCCCAUGCACAGCCAUGAAUGUUUCUUGGAAAGAAUUUCCUAGGUCCCUUACUGUUCUGCAUUGACAAGAAAAACCUGAGAGAACUGGGUGAUACCUCCAACAGCUGAGUUGAAAAACUACAGUAAAGUUGCUACUGCAAAGCACUCUUGAUGCAAGAACAAAGCACACUGAAAAUAUUUUAUAAAUAAAAAAAUAAAAAAAAAUCAUGAUAACCAUAUAUGCAAGAUGUAGAAGUCAAAAGUUUCGGCAGUCAUAAAAUACCAACCGCUAAACAAUGGGGAAGAAGUUCUUAGGAAAAAAUAACACCUUUCUGCUUUUUAUAUAUAAAUGAUCUUGACUUCAAAAAGCAUCCAAGUCUUGUUUCGGGGACGCUUCACUGUGGGUGUCUCUCUGCCUUCAGGAAGCAACUGAAGCUGGUUUUACAUUGAGGAGAGGAGCUGGUAAUACGGGAGUAGAACAAAAGCAAAAAAGCCCUGGGCUCUCCUCCAUUUUGACCAAGCUAAAGAGCAUGAAGGAACAAUCUCCUGGCCCAGUCUGAGGCACUGGGGGAAGAGGCAUUGGCCUUCCCAUGACACUUUUAAAAAACUACAAACAAGUGCAUACAUGUUAAAACACUUGGAAAAUGGUUUAAUGAUGUUUACAACAGAAAUGAACUGUACAAUUACAGUAAGUUUAAUAUAUAUAAAAAAUUACAGCAGACAAAUGCAUCUACACAAAAUCUACCUUUUCAUUCUGAUUUACUGUAAUCUACACAAUCUCUCAAUGCCUACAGCUAUCUGUAGGCAACCACUGGGAAAAUAAUAAUAAUAUUAAUAAUAAUAAUAAUAAUAAUAAAGGACAUCUUUAAAGAGACAGCAUUUCGCCUUCCUCCUCACCCCUAGUGUGAUCAGCAAGGUUUUGAAAUGUGUGGGACUCUCACAUUUCAGUCUCAGGAAAAGCUUGGGUUGCAUUUGGGUACGGGUAUUCCU